AUGCGUGUGUCUCAGGAGCGAGAAGAGAAGGAGAAGAAGGCUCACGGCAGCGAGAAAAAGCAACGUGCGGAGCCUCCAAGCAUCUACAACGACAAGGGCGAAAUUCGGCAGUGCAACCAAGGUCGCUACCCCUUUGCUCUUGAUCAGUCUUCCGAGCCUGACAAAAUUAUUCUCGAGAUCGAAGCGCCCCGCUAUCUGUGCACGUCGGCGAUUGACGUCGACGUCCAUCCGGACUAUGUCCGGUGUACCAUCAAGGGGAAAGUGACGCAGCUUCGCCUGCCGGCCGAAGUGCUGGUAGAUGAAUCGCAGGUUCAGCGGUCUAAGGCGACCGGUCACCUGCGAAUUGUGAUGCCGCUGGUGAAUCCCCCCCCGCGCGCGCUUCGGAAGAUGACUGCGACGUCUGCACAGAAAAGCACCUACGAGGCCGCCUCGCAGGAACCAAGUUCGCGCUCACGUUGCUCCACGGCUCAGUGUGACUCUGACCACGUGACAGUCGCAGAUAUGCUAAACGUGACGGGGAAAGCAGUGCAGCAUAUGUCUGAGCGACAGAAAGAACGCUUUUCUGUGGAGACAGAAUUGCGGGCAGUCUCGCGAAAAGCGAGCAGCCAGCGUGGACCUGGAGCCAGCACCCAAGAAAACGAACUAAACGAACUUGGCGGUGACUCCACAGGUUGCGUCAGCAAUCGUGUUGGGCUAGAGGGCAACGAAGAAAAUGCUUCGAAAUCGAAUCGCCACCCUUUGCUUGGAUCUCGAGACGGUACAGAGUCUCGACAAACAGCAGUGCCUGCAGUGGACGAUGAUGACCUUCCUGAGCUGGAGUUCGUCUGCUAG